AUGUUGAAGCAAGUCGUGAAUACCAAUACCAGCAAGAUUACUAUGAAGCAAUUCUCAACCAGCUCCAUUGCACUUGCAGGCCGUCAAACUGGUGGUCGCAGAAAAGCCGAAAAGAAAUUUGAUGUUGAUUUUAUGCCAAAAUUCGAUUUUGAUGACCAAACCACCAUCGGUCAUAACCUCUUUGACAAUAUCAGAGAGGUUCGCAAAUACUUAAGAAAGACUGAAUUCGAGUUGCCUAAAUUAAAUGCUUACGCCAAACCUUUCGAAGCACCCACAAAGGAUCAAAUCCUCAAGUUCAAGUCGCACAUUUAUCUAGGUGAAGGCCACCCUGUCGAGAAGAAAGCUGUCUUGAGCGUCAAGGUUGCUGAUCUAGGAUUGAGUGAGACAGAAAAGCACAAAUUCUUAUUAUUGAGUGGACCCAGAUACAAUGUAAACACAGAGGAAUUGGUCAUGUCAAGCGAAAAAUUCCCUCAUCGCAAGCAAAACAAAAAGUUUUUGAUUGAUACUUUGCAAAAGUUGAUCAAGGAGGCAAAGGAUACCAAGGAUACUUUUGCCGAUAUUCCUCUCGAUUUACCAAAGCCCAAGCAAAGAUUAGAAUUUCCCAAAGAAUGGAUCAGAUCACCAACCCCCGCCACAACUGUUCAAGCUACCACUGAAGCCAAGAUCACCGAGGAAUUGGGUCAAUCCGCCAGCAAGCAAAAGACCGUUUAA